AUGCCGCUCCGCAUUGUUUGCAGUCAGGUGCAGAUUCCCGCUGUGCUUACAGAUCAAGCCAAGGACAUUCUCCAACGGUUUGCUCCGGUGUUCCAAGACGGCCUGGGUCGUUGCACAUACACUCAAGCCGUGCUACAUCUGUCUCCUGGAAGUCAACCAGCCUUCCGUCCAAAGCGACCAGUCCCAUAUGCAGCCCUACCACUUGUCGAGGCUGAAGUGAAACGUCUAGAGGAACUGGGAGUUCUGGUUCCUGUAUCCUACUCCGCCUGGGCCGCUCUAAUCGUUGUGGUUAAGAAGCCCAAUGGCUCGGUCCGCAUUUGUGCUGACUUCUCCACCGGUCUCAAUGCCGCACUGACGCCGAACUGCUAUCCAUUGCCGGUUCCGGCUGAUCUUUUCACCCUGCUAAAUGGUGGCACUUGCUUUGCCAAGUUGGAUCUCGCUGAUGCGUAUCUGCAGAUCGAGGUCGCCCCAGAGUCGCGCGAAUUGUUGACCAUCAAUACCCACCGCGGUCUGUUCCAAUACACCAGGCUGCCCUUUGGUGUCAAGACCGCCCCGGCCCUAUUUCAACAAACGAUGAACGCAAUGCUCUCCGGCAUCCCUGGCACAGCUGGGUACCUGGACGACAUCAUCAUCGUGGGUCGUUCCCCUGCCGAGCUGCAAGACCGAGUGUGCGCAGUACUCGAACGCGUGCAGGAAUAUGGCAUUCUCCUACGAGCCGACAAGUGCCAAUUCUUCCUCGACUCCAUCAAGUACCCUGGAUUCGUUUUUGACGUCAAUGGUCGCCAUCCAGAUCCUGAAAACAUUCGGGCCAUCCAGCAGAUGCCUGCCCCCAAGAAUGUAUCGCAACUUCGUUCGUUCCUUGGCCUGAUCAGCUACUAUAGCGCCUUCCUACCAUCGCUGCAUGACGUACGGGCCCCGCUCAACCGUCUGUUGCAGAAGGAUGCUUCCUGGUGCUGGUCCCCCGACUGUGAAAAGGCCUUCGCCCAGCUAAAGUCGAUGCUGAGUUCAGAUCUGCUGCUCACGCACUACGACCCGACGCUGCCGAUCGUUGUUGCUGCAGAUGCUUCCAACCACGGAGUUGGUGCCGUCAUCUCACAUACUUUUCCUGAUGGGUCUGAAAAGGCGCUCAUGCAUGCAUCUCGCACGCUAACCCCUGCGGAGAAGAACUAUGGGCAAAUAGAGGAAGAGGCUCUAGCCCUCGUGUUUGCUGUCAAGAAAUUUCACAAACUAUUAUACGGUCGCCACUUCACGUUGUUGACGGAUCACAAACCGUUGCUGUCAAUCUUCGGUUCGAAGAAGGGCAUUCCCGUCUACUCAGCCAGCCGACUUCAGCGAUGGGCAACCAUCCUUCUUGGCUACGAUUUUGACAUUCGCUACUGUCGUACUACAGACUUUGGUCAGGCUGACGCCCUUUCUCGCCUCAUCAGCAAUCAGCAGGAACCGGAGGAAGAUACCGUGAUUGCAGCUAUUUCGAUUGAGGACGAUGUGCGCCGUCAGCUAUCAGACGCCAUACGGGGUAUCCCCGUCACUGCCGCGGACAUCCGACGUGCUACUGAACAGGAUCCUGUCCUCCGUCAGGCCAUCACCUACGUGCAGACCUGCUGGCCAGCCACUGCUCUAACUGGAGAUCUUCGCCAGCUCUUCCUCCGCCGAGCAUCGCUAUCUGUGGUUGACUCCUGCCUCAUGUUUGCAGACCGUGUGGUGAUCCCAUCUUCCCUCCGACCCACUGUACUACGCCAGUUCCAUGCGGCUCAUCCUGGUACCAGCCGAAUGAAGUCUAUUGCUCGCAGUUUUGCCUACUGGCCGGGUAUUGACGGCGACAUCGACGACCUGGUUCGACGCUGUUCUCGAUGUCAGCAAGCUGCCAAGAUGCCGCCUCGUCAACCGCCAGUACCCUGGGAACCACCAGAGAGGCCUUGGUCACGCGUGCACAUCGACUUCGCUGGCCCACUUAACGGAGUCUCCUACCUAAUCUUGGUUGACGUCUACUCGAAAUGGCCCGAGAUUGCUCCGCUGAAUCCAGCAACCGCAUCUUCUACUAUCGCCUUCCUACGACGCAUCUUUAGCCAACAUGACUUACCAGAAGUCCUGGUUUCAGAUAAUGGCUCUCAGUUUACUUCGUCGUUGUUUGAGGAUUUCUGCCGCCAGCACAACAUCCAGCAUCUUCGCUCCCCGCCCUACCAUCCUCAGUCUAACGGUCAGGCGGAGUGUUUUGUCGACACGUUUAAGAGAGCCCUCUUGAAAGCUCGUGGGGAGGGGACCACGGACGAGAUAGUCCAGGCAUUCCUGUUUUCCUACAGGACAACACCGAACCCGGCGUCCCCUGGUGGCGUUUCUCCUGCCGAAGCGUUGAUGGGCCGGAAACUGCGUACAACUUUUCAUGCCCUCGUCUCUACCGGUGCGCAGCCCGCGCAGACUUCUCCAGUCUCUCGCAGCAAGCUCUCCAUCGGAACGCCUGUCUUCGCCCGUGAUUAUCGAGCGGAGUUCCCAGACUGGAUUGAAGCAACCGUGGUAGCGCACAGAGGCAGUAUGUUGUUUGACGUCGACGUUGGUGGUGAAAUCUGGGUUCGUCACCACAACCAGAUCCGACGGCGACAUUGCAGUAACACAACUGGGCUCGAUCCGGCGCCGUCACUCCCCCUUGACAUCCUACUGGAUACCUUCGCCAUUCCGGCAGAUCGGUCGGUUCCUGAAUCCACUGCUGCGCCUCCUUCGGAUGUACCGCCUUUGGUAUCAGUCACUGCCCCCGGGUCUCCAGACAACAAACCACAACUAAGACGCCGGACCAACCGCGUGCGCCGAUCAACACUGCCGAUGCAGAUCAAUCCACGCCAAAAGCGGUACUGA